CUGGGAGGGCAGACUCCAUUUUGAAGCGGCUCCGAGGCGCCUCAGACUGGCUCUCGCUUUCUUUUUUUCUCUGAGCGGCGUCCGGUGCUGAGGGGAAAAAGAGCCAUGGUGCAACUCUUUCGCUGACUCCCGGCGGGGAAGACCUGGGACUGGAGGGCGAAGGGGCGUCGUCGGGGGCUGAAUGCGGGGCCGCUGGGUCGGUAGCGACGAGGCGCUGCUGCGGCUCUGGUGCUCGUUGCUGCGGCGGGGAGCGGUCGCCUCCCUUCGCUUCAGCCCCCGGUCUGCCUCCUCCGGCCCUUCCGACCUCCGAAGAAGGGGACCCGCCGCCGCGGAGAGAUGAAGAACAUUGAAGCUGAAGAACAGAUGAGCAGCUGGCUCUUCAAACAGCUUAAACUCCAUUUGGAUCAGGAAUGGAAAUACCAGCCUAGGGAAAAAGGGCUGAGUCUCAUUGAGUGCACUACUGAGAAUGAAAACACCUUAUGCCCAAGACUGAGGAAUGCAAAAGUGGAAGAUCUCUGGAGUUUGGUCAACUUCUUUGGAUUUGCCACAGAAACUUUUGUCCUGGCUGUCAACAUUCUUGACAGGUUUUUGGCACUCAUGAAGGUGAAACCUAAGCAUUUAUCCUGCAUUGGAGUCUGUUGUUUCCAGCUGGCUGCUCAACAGGUCGAGGAGGAAGGCAACAUCCCAUCUCUGCAUGAUGUCAUCCGGAUUAGCCAAUGCAAAUGCACCGUUUCUGAUCUAAAGCGGAUGGAAAAAAUAAUAUCAGAAAAACUGCACUUUGACUUCAAAGCAACUACUGCCUUAACUUUUUUGCACUUAUACCAUACUAUUGUACUCUGCCAUACCUCAGAAAGGAAAGAGCUGUUGAAUCUCGACAAACUGGAAGCACAACUUAAAGCUUGCAACUGCCGACUUGUCUUUUCAAAAGCGAAACCAUCCAUUUUGGCCCUGUGCCUUCUCUCUCUGGAAGUGCAGACUCUGAAAUCCAUUGAUUUGUUUGAGAUUCUUCUGUGUGUUCAGAAGCAAUCCAAGAUAAGUGACAGUGACUUGCUGUAUUGGAGAGAGCUGGUCUCAAAAUGCUUAGCAGAUUAUGCUUCCCCCGCCUGUUGCAAGCCAGAUCAUAAAAAACUAGUCUGGAUUGUUUCAAGACGCACUGCCCAAAAUCUUCAAAACAGCUACUAUAGUGUUCCUGAGUUGCCCACAAUCCCAGAGGCCGGAUGCUUUGACGAAAGCGAGAGUGAGGACUCUUGUGAAGACAUGAGCUGUGGAGAAGAAAGCCUCAGCAGCUCGCCUUCGAGUGACGGAGAAGGCACCUUCUUUUUUGACCUCAAACCAAAAUCCAAGUGGCAAGCUCUUUCCUUCGAUUCCGUGUGCUAGUCUGAGCUCUUAAACACGUCGUAGUAUUUUUAGGCAAUAAGAAUCUGAACCAGCCCUCAUCCCAACUAGGGGUGCCUUCUAAGGGUUGGCUUCCACUCCCAGAAUCACCAGCCCACCAACCACAGUGGUUGCUGAGAAUUCUGGGGGUUGAAAUCAACGCCGCCGGAAUGCGCUCCGGUUGGGGAGGGAAAAGCUGAUCUUAGCAUUCCUUGUACUUUUGGUACAAGAUCUCAUGGAGUAUUCAAAAUACAAUAUUGUGGCUUUUUUUUAAAACCUUUGUAUGAUGGUAAGUCUGAUGUGGCAUGAAGGAUCAAAUGAACCAUUUCAAACCUUUGUUUGGCGAGAAACGAGCACAGGGGCACAGAUUUGCCACCCAGAUCACAAGAGGGAGAGCUUCACAGUUUGCCAUGGGCUGGAAUUCUCUGUUGAAAAAUAGGUUGAAUCUGCAAAUCUGCAGUGGCAGAUUUGGUGGAUAGACGAAAUUGCAGAGACGUAGAUGAAGUUCUUUUCUGAAAAAGAUUCUAAAUACUUUUUUUUUUUGUUACGUAUUCUUUUAAAGAAAGUUAUCUGGAGAAAUACUGUAGUUUGGUUUCAGUAGACUUGUUUUAAUCACAAAUGCUGUUUUUCUUUGGGGAAAAGUAAAUAAGCUGCUUUGUUUUUAAAAAAAACGCAAAACCAAUCCACACCGAUGUGCUGAAGCAUAUUUUAGUGUUAAGUUUUCUAAAGAUGAGUUUUCAAAUCCUCAAAUUAGGAAAUGAAAUGUUUUUAGAAACCCUUAGUGUUACCGUUAAAAAAAAAAAAACCCCAUACUAUUAAAAUUUAGAAAGUACUGGAUUUCAGUGUAAAGUCCAUUGUCCCUCUCAUUAGCUUAUUUCAGUAUUUCUUUUACCUUGUUAUUAAGUAAAUCUAUAAUCAUUAUUUUGCAUGCUUAAGUGGAAAUGGUUAGUGGAAAGGCAGUUGAUUAUGGAGAAGUUUUGAUAAAUGUGAAGUUGAUAAAAUGGUUGUCAUUACAUUUAAUUGCUUGCCUUUCUUUCUCUCCCCCCCCCCUCUUUAAAGCACAGACUUUACGGUUGCUUCACUUUAGUUCCUUCAAAUAUAUGCAAAGUAA